AUGGCUUCCAUUGUUGAUCCUUUGGUUGUUGGUCGGGUCAUCGGCGACGUGGUGGACAUGUUUGUCCCCACGGUGACCAUGUCAGUUCGCUACGGCUCAAAACAUAUAGCCAACGGCUGUGAAAUCAAACCCUCCAUGGCAGCUGAGCCUCCCAGGGUCACCAUCAACGGCCACCCCAAUGAACUUUAUACUCUGGUGAUGACAGAUCCUGAUGCACCAAGCCCAAGUGAGCCCUCAAUGAGAGAGUAUGUUCAGUGGAUUGUGACAGAUAUACCAGGUGGCGGCACUCCUACUCAUGGUAAAAUACUGCUUUGUUCUCCAAAUAUACGCAUCAGUUCACGGGAACGGGACACUGUGCCAUGGUGUAACUGUCGUAGUGGCCUUCGCUUAUACAGGACACGUGUCGCACUGGUGCAACUGUCGUAG